ACACGUUCAAUUCAAGGUUAUACAAACAAGGACUUAAUCCAACGAUAAUCUUAAAACGGUCAAUUAACAUAAAGAUGCUUAAUCCAUGAAAACAAUAGGAAGGGAAUUUGACCAGAAUUAAAUACAUUUACUCUUUCUUUGAGAAUGACCGCUCCUUUUAACACUGACUGGCGAAAAUGACCCCGUUAUUACUCAAAUUCUAUUUGAGAACAAUAACUAUUUUCAUGCACGGUGAUUUUAAACAAUGCUUUUCACGCGCGCUAGACUUUGGCUUCCUUUUGCACGUGCAAAGCGGGGUUUACUUGUAUACCACAAAUCUCUUGUGUAAACAGUUCAACGGUAACUUUUGAUGAACAUACAUCCUAGUUUUUCUUUAUAGAAAUUAUUUGAAGAAAAGUUGUUUUUAUAAACAUUAAGUUUUGUUUUCAUUUCAAUUUUGAAUCAUACAAAGGAAGUAUUAUUUUUGUGUUAAAUAUGGAUCCGAACUUUGAUUGUGUUCAUAGCGCUUUGUCUAUAGCCCGUGAUAUCAACAGUAACUUCUCGUGCACGGACAGAAAAACAGACAUUCAUGGAAUUUCUCCUAAUACAAGUAGAGGUGAUAGCUCAUAUAAUGAUGAUCGCCUAGAAAGCUCUGCUGAAUUUGAAGUCUCGAGCUCAAAUCCUGACGAAAACAACAAUAAUAACACCCAACAACUAACCUCUGACGCUCCAACUAAGUCGAGGAAGAGAAAGAAGCCUAUCCCGACGGGAAAGCCGCCGUACAGCUAUAUAGCAUUGAUCAGCAUGGCCAUUGCUAACUCCUCACAACGGAGAGCUACACUUAACGACAUUUACAAGUUUAUUACUGAUCGCUUUCCAUACUACGCUGAUCAUAGCAACCAGAAAGGCUGGAAAGGUUCCAUACGUCACAAUUUAGCUCUGAAUGACUGCUUCAUGAAGCUCGAACGUCAGGCCGGUAUGAAAGGUCACUUCUGGGCCAUUGAUCCUGAUUAUGAGGACAUGUUCGACCAUGGUAGUUUCCUUAGACGUCGAUACCGCUUCAAGAAUGGCAACAAGAAGGAAAAAAGUGUUCCAAAACCGCCGUCAGAUCCAGUUGGUAAUCUCCAGUUCGGUUACGGGAGCGUUCUUGAUAAUCACCAGCACGUGUAUGGACAGCAGACGAAUCUUGUGCAAAACGCUCUUCAGAUCAGUGGUCAUAUGACGUCAACAGGGACGCAAAACAGCCCACAACAUCAGCCGUCACAUUCUCAAUACCCAGACUUUAUUACCGGAAGUAACGCUUGGAAUAUGUACAUGAACAGUAAUUUUCACUUACAUCAACAAUAUCAGAUGCAACAGUAUCAACAACAGUUCCAAACUCAACAACACCAUCAUCACCAACAACAACAACAACAGCAGCAGCAGCAGACAGACUAUCAACAGAUUAAAUAUGAAGAGCCACUUUCUCCAUUGUCCGUGGCCGACAUGUCACAGUCCAGCCCUGAGAGUAGUCCCUCCCCUCAAACAAAUCAUCAUUCAUCAUCGGACCAUUCACAUCACGUGACAGCUAGAACUCCUGAUUUUUCUUGUCAGCAGCCGACAUCUGAGCGCGUGCCCAUGUCGUCUGAUUUCCCUCUUAUGCCACCUCCACCAUACCCUAUGUACAUAUGGAACAAUUAUAAUUAUUUUCCUGGAAAUCAGUCGAGUGAAGAAAUAAAAUAUAGCCACACGAACAAUUUCCAACACACUUUAUCAAACUCAUCAGAGCGCCAUCUACCGCCAACGCAGUCUGGUAUGUCAGAGAUGUGGACUCCUCAGUGAUUAUAAUAAUGAAAUUAUGCGUGCUACAGCAAAUAACUCUGAAUUAGUAUAAAAGUGUAUCUAAAAUAAUCAAGAACAUACCAGUAAGUGGGAAUCUUAGGAAAUUUACCAGUAGUGAUUUUAGCAUUGAUUUUGUCAUCACAUUUUUACAAUUUUAUAAGACUUUAAAGAAAUUGUUAAAAAGCUUUUGUUAGUGAGAAGGAAUUGUUUUUUUCUAUAUUAUGACAGGCGUAUAUAUCUUUUUCAAUGUUUUAAACGAAAGAUUUAACUUUACAAAACGUGCAUUUCUUUUUGAUGAAAUACAUACAGUAAAAGAAAAAGAAGAUUCAAUAUUAAUAUCGAUGUAUUGUUAGCAUAUACAUAUAUGUAGUCUUUUUCUAUGAGCAGCGCUUAUAUGAUUGUAUGUAAAUUAUCUCAUGAUUUUGUUGAUGGAAAAUGAUUUCAAUGUGAAUUCAUUUUUGAAAAAUCAAACUUCAUUAGACCAAGUUAAUUACAAGUAUUUUUGUAUGGUCACUAACUGUAUUUUUUAAACAUGUGCCACAUUAAACGUUAAACAAAUUUAUUAGUUUCGAAAUUUACAGAGCAUAAUUAUCAUUUACAAGGUAAAUAUUUUAAAAGAUAACUUCAGGGGUUUAGAUUUAUAUUUACAAUGAAUACUUCGAAUGCCUUGUACUGUUCAAUUGUAUUUCUCCUAAUUUGUACAUGUUCAUUGCAUUUAUUUCACUAAUACUCUCGAUGAAAACAUUCCGCAAAAAAUAACAAUUUUAUUAAUUAAGUUUUCAUCAUCUUUUGUAUAUUUGUUGUUAUUUUGUACAUCUACUGUACAUAUUUUGUACAUGUACUGUACAUAUUUGUACAUAUUUUUGUUUUGUUAUAAUGAAAUGAGUCGGCUGAUACAUGUAAUUUAUUAAUGGGUGUGUUUUAUUGCUUUGUUUACUAUAUUGGCAAUCGGUAUGUUCCGUGCAAUCUCGGAAAUCUCCGACACGUCUGUUGCGCGUGUGCAGUGUGCCCUUCUUUAAAUGCAAAAAUUAUAAACAUGAAGAGAGGUGGUACAAUUUUCAAUCUUUAAUAUUUCUGAUCUAAACGAACAAAAGUAAAUUCCAUUCCGUUUAAAUGCCUUUUACAUUUCGUUUCGGUAAAAGACAUUGUUUUGCUCAUAUUUUCCAAAACUUAAAUUACAAUGUCAUUCUUUGAAUCAUAUCUAUUAAUCUAAUAUUUCAAAUGAAAUUCAUAUCAAUAACGGGAAAGAGGGCAUGAUUAGCUCCAAGCAUAAUUGUCUUUCGUUCUCUUACCCAAAGCGAAAGGAACGAUAGCCGGUGUCGAAGCGAUUGAAAAUUUAUGCAAUAAAACUGCAUUCUCUUGUAUUUCGCUUUCUAUAAGGGAACAGUUUUGCCAUAAUUGUUACAAUAUAAGAUAAAAAGUUGAAAGCUAUAUAGGUAUAAGACCUGUGGAACAUGAGAUAUUUAUUAUCUACUUAUUUAGAUUGCCGAUUGCCGUAUUAGGGACAUUUCUUUUUGUACCCAAAGUAAUUUGAAUGCAUAUCUUUUGAAAAUAUUAUAAUAAAUGUAAAUGUGCUAAAAUAAAACA